UAACAAACUUCAGGGUCUUACUUACAAUUAUCUUAGUAAAAAAUAUUAAAUAUUUUUCGUUAAAAAUGUAUAAAUCUGUGGGCUAAUUCUGUGGACUACUUGAAUGAUUGAUCGAUCCCAAAAGUCUCCUAAGCGAGAAGGGAUCAAACGCAGUCCAAACCUUUUCAAUCAUUCCUUGAUUACAAUCCCCUCUUCAUCGGCUUGAAUCUCGCUCUUGUUACAACGGUUCCAACAUUUUUUCCAAAGCUCCGAUUUUUAUCCUCUGCUGGAAACAGUGACAUCUUCUUGAUGCCGUUUUGAUUCGAAAAGCUUCAGAGUUUAUUUGGUUUCCUUGUCGCUGCAUAAAAAUGAAGGAUUCAGGCUGCAUAAAGCUUAUGCUACUUCUAUUCUUAUUUGUCGCUGUGUUCAUUGGGAACACUGACGCAGACUCUCAAUGGGAGAUCUCACAUAAAGUAAGAGCUUCUCCUCAUGAAAACAUGGGACGGAAUGUUAUUGAUGGAAGUGGUGUAGAGAAAACGUUACAUGAUGUUGGAAUGGGUGAGAAGAGAGGGAGUCACAGCAAAGUUUCUGUCUCAACAGUUGCUUUGUUCACCUUGGCUAUGGCUGCUGCCACUGGGUUAGGUGCAGUGCCUUUCUUCUUUGUUGAGCUUGACCCUCAAUGGGCUGGGAUAUGCAAUGGCAUGGCGGCUGGUGUGAUGUUGGCUGCUAGCUUUGAUCUUGUGAAGGAGGGACAAGAGCAUGGUUCUGGAAACUGGGUUGUUUCUGGGAUUCUAGCUGGUGCUUUGUUCAUUUGGCUCUGCAAGCAGUUUCUUGAACAAUAUGGUGAAGUUAGCAUGCUGGAUAUUAAAGGUGCAGAUGCAGCGAAAGUUGUUCUCGUCAUAGGAAUUAUGACACUUCAUUCUUUCGGGGAAGGAUCAGGGGUUGGUGUAUCGUUUGCUGGUUCAAAAGGUUUUAGUCAAGGGCUUCUGGUCACUUUGGCCAUAGCCGUUCAUAAUAUUCCAGAAGGGUUGGCUGUUAGCAUGGUGCUUGCAUCAAGAGGUGUCUCUCCACAAAACGCCAUGCUCUGGAGUAUAAUCACUUCCUUACCUCAGCCUCUUGUUGCAGUGCCAGCUUUUUUAUGUGCUGAUGCAUUUAGCAAGUUUUUGCCUUUCUGCACUGGAUUUGCAGCUGGGUGUAUGAUUUGGAUGGUUAUUGCUGAAGUGCUUCCUGAUGCAUUCAAGGAAGCGUCUCCCUCGCAAGUGGCAUCUUCGGCCACAAUAUCAGUAGCAUCCAUGGAAGCUCUUAGCACUCUUUUCGAGAAUUUCACUCAUGAUUACAACUCAGAGGAUGCUUCUGGCUUCUUCGUUUCACUUCUCUUUGGUCUAGGCCCAUUACUUGGUGGAGUGUUUCUAGUUGCAUCGGCACUCACCUUCCGUCUCCAGCACGCCCUUCUCAUGGGAGUAGCCUCAGGGAUUGCAUUUGUCCUCGGUCUCUGGCGUCCGCUUCAACUGCUGCUAUCUGCAAAAAUGGGAUUCAUCCCUCUUGUUAGUCUACUCGCCGUUGGAGCUGUGCUUAGCCAUUUCAUAAGCUCAACCAUCCUGAAUAUUACAUCUCGGAAAAAGUCCCGGGGUGGUAGUUUGAUUACCCCAGGAACCAACUUUCCAACCAGUGCGAUAACACUCCAGUCAUUAUUAGCCUGUGGAGCGGUUGGGUUCCACGCACUAGCUGAGGGGCUUGCUCUCGGAGUCGCUGCUCCAAAUGCUUAUGGGCUAGGCAGACACAUGGUACUCCCUGUUUCCUUACACGGUCUCCCAAGAGGAACAGCGGUUGCAAGCUGCGUCUUUGGAGCUACUGACAGCUGGCACGCAGCUCUUGCAGCUGCAGCUUUAGUUGGGUUCGUGGGACCUGUAUCGGCCAUAGGAUCAAUACUAGCUGGUAUAGAUUACAGUGGACUUGACCAUGUGAUGAUGGUGGCGUGCGGUGGCUUGCUGCCUAGUUUCUGGCAGGUGAUAAAGAGAGCGGUGAGGUUAGAGAGAAAGAAAGGAAGUGUGGGGAUGGUGCUGGGAGUUGCGUGUGCUGUUGUGUGUCUGACUUUUACUAGACUGGUCUGCUUGCACACUCCUUACUGUAAUUCUGCACCUGAGGCUGUUAGAUGAUUUGAGUUCGUGAGAUUAAGAGACUCCUCUUGUGCGCACAUGCACUCUCUUAUUCUAUGUUGUAAGAUUAGUUUAUAUACUUCAUGGCCGUGUGUUUAUACAAACGUCGUCUGAUUUUAGGGUGAGUGGAAAAAAGGGUGCAUUGUACUCUGCUAAUUUGGGUAUAAUGUUCUAGUUUGAGAUCAAGUAGAUAGAGCUUUGUUUAGCUCUAAUCUACUGGAGUCUAAAAACAAAACAAAAAGCAACAGCUACUCUUUUGACAAUUAUCUUAUAUUACUUGAGGAUCUUUUUCUUACUUUCAUCAUUCAUAAUGUAAGAGUAAGAACUUUUAUGAGUUAAAUUUUGUGGUAGUGUUGA